AUGGAUGAUAUGAAACCUAGAACAUAUAAAGAUGCCAUCAAUGCCCUUAACUCUUUACAAUCGAACUUCCAAUCCUUAGAAGCCAAAAGAUUGAUAGGUCCCUCCGUUGAUAAAAAUGAAUACAGUAUCAAGACGGUAUAUGAAUAUAUUCGUCGUUUAGGUUAUAAACCGAAUCAGUUCAAUAAAUUGAACAUUAUUCAUGUUACUGGAACCAAAGGUAAAGGAUCAACAUGUGCAUUUACAGAAUCAAUACUCUUGAAUUAUAGAUUUCCCCAAUUGAACAAUGGUAUUAAGAAAGUUGGGUUAUUCACUUCACCACAUUUAAAAUCCGUCAGAGAGAGAAUCAGAAUCAAUGGUCAACCAAUUGAAGAAGUCAAAUUUACAAAGUAUUUCUUUGAAGUUUGGGAUAAAUUAUCAACCACCACAUCAGAUUUAAAUGAGUUCCCUGAUUUAGAACCUUGUGAUAAAGUGAAACCAAUGUAUUUCAAAUAUUUAACUGUUUUAUCAUAUCAUAUAUUCAUGAGUGAAGGUGUGGAUACUGCUAUUUACGAAGUUGGAGUUGGAGGUAAAUAUGAUUCAACCAACGUGGUAGAAAAACCAACAGUAACAGGAGUAAGUGCAUUGGGUAUUGACCAUGUAGCUAUGUUGGGUAACACAAUAGAAUCGAUCGCUUGGAAUAAAACAGGUAUUUUCAAACCAGACACUGCUGCUUUUGUUUCCAAACAAUUACAAUAUCCAGAAAUUCAUAAAUUUAUCGAAGAUAGAGCUGAAGAAUUAAAGACUUCUAGUUUAGAAUUUGUUAAUGAUGAUAAAUUAGAUACCCCAUUAGGUUUAUUAGGAAGUUUCCAACGUCAAAAUGCUGCAUUAGCAUGUAAAUUAGCAGCUAAACAUUUGCAAAUUUUGGGUAUCACUGAAGAUUUACCAAACGAAGAUUUAACCUAUUUACCUGAAUUAUUCAAAAAAGGAUUAAAAGAAACUAAAUGGGAUGGUAGAUGUCAAAUAAUACCAUCAUCUAGAUAUCCUAAUUUCCCAGAUAUUACAUGGUAUAUCGAUGGAGCUCAUACCAAAGAAUCAAUCGAUGUUGCCAGUGAGUGGAUCAAAAAUACUUUAACAUCAUCCAAACCAAAAGUAUUGAUCUUUAAUCAACAAGGUAGAGAUACAGCAGAUGAAUUAUUAAAAGAAUUAUACAAUAAUUUGAACGGACAUGUCCAAUUUGAUUAUAUUAUUUUCUGUACUAAUAUUACGUGGUCAACAGGAUAUAACGCAGAAUUAGUUUCAAUGAAUAAUUCUAAAGAUGCUAUCGAUCAAUUAAUUGUACAAAAAGGAUUUGAAAAAGUAUGGAAAGAACUCGAUAAUAAUUCACAUCAACCAGAAAUUAAAAUCUUCAAAGAAAUCGAACUUUCAUUAAAUUUCAUUAAAGAUUUAAAUAAAUCCCUUGAAGUUUUUGUUUGUGGUUCAUUACAUUUAGUUGGAGGUGUUUUAAGUGUAUUAGAUAAUGAUAGAGAUUAA